AUGGAUGUACCAACGACCAACGACACAUCGAGCAGUCAGUUUCGUCAACCUAAGAAGAGAUUUGUUGGGAGGCGCACCGCCGAUGCCCAGGCACCGAAAGAUGUAUCGUCAAGUCAAAGAGAUGUGGAAUCCACCAGCAUUCAAAAAGCCACGCCGAGAAGAACGCCGAGGACUCUGAAUCAGGUCCCUCCGGAAAUCCUAGAGGAUCCUGAUAUACAAGCCGCCAUUGACCUCCUUCCUAAAAACUACUCGUUCGAAAUUCCCAAGACAAUUCACCGGAUACGAUCAUCCGGGUCGAAACGAGUCGCUCUGCAGUUUCCCGAAGGCCUUUUAAUCUUUGCAACCACGAUAUCCGACAUCUUGACCCAGUUCUGCCCUGGCAUUGAGACUCUCAUCAUGGGAGACGUCACAUAUGGUGCCUGUUGCAUCGACGACUAUACUGCUCGCGCACUGGUAGACGUUACCAAAAUCAAGACUCUAUAUAUUUUCGUCGACAUUAGCAUCGACACAUCACAUUUGAUCGCCACACUAGAGCGCAAUUUCCAGCCAGGCAAGACGAUCGCAACUGUUGGCACUAUCCAGUUCAACGCCACUCUGCACGGCCUCAAGCCUGUUCUUGAGCGCGCCGGCUUCAAAGUCGUUAUACCGCAGAUUACUCCUCUGUCGAAAGGCGAGAUCCUAGGCUGCACAUCUCCACAACUAUCUUCGAAUGAAGUUGACAUUCUCCUCUACCUCGGCGACGGCCGCUUCCACCUCGAAUCCGCCAUGAUCCACAACCCUACUAUUCCCGCCUUCCGGUACGAUCCUUAUUCGCGCACACUCUCACGAGAAACAUACUAUCACAAUGAAAUGCACACACUCCGUAAAGACGCAAUUGGCGCCGCCAAAUCUGCCAAAAAAUGGGGCCUCAUUCUAGGUUCUCUUGGCCGACAGGGUAAUCCAAAUACUAUGUCAAUGAUCGAGAAUUACCUGAAUGACAGGGGAAUUCCGUUUGUCAAUUUGCUGCUUAGCGAGAUUUUCCCUGGGAAAUUAGCGGCCAUGUCGGACGUUGAAUGCUGGGUACAGAUUGCUUGCCCCCGUCUGAGCAUCGACUGGGGAUAUGCAUUCCCGCGGCCUUUACUUACACCGUACGAGGCAUUGAUCGCAUUGGGGGUGAAGCAAGGCUGGGAUAGCUCGAAUCAGGGUGUAUACCCGAUGGACUUCUACGCGAAGGAAGGGUUGGGCAGAACAAAGCCCAGUCAGGCUGUGUCAGGAAGGGCGUAA